AUGACACUGGCGAGAAAAGCGCCGCAUUGAGCUUUCGGGAGCUUUUCUGGAGCGCGCGGGAAUACACGUCGGGCUUACGACAUUGUUUCAAUUUGAAUUUUAUUUGUUGACUUAUUCCAUGGUUAUUGUACAAGUUCUAAAAUUGAAAUAAUCCGCAAACAAAAUAGUCUUUAAAAAAAAAACAAAAAAAAAUUUAUGUAAAAAGACUAAAAAUAAAAUGACAGGCUGGAAAGUGGCGAAAAAAAAUAAAAACUGAAGAAUAAAAAUUGACGUUCGAAUUUGAAAUCUUCGUUCAAAAUUCAAAAUGUCUCUGGGCAAGCAGCAAGGGGAGCACAUCAAGCGGCCCAUGAACGCCUUCAUGGUGUGGUCACGGGGUCAGCGCCGCAAGAUGGCCCAGGACAACCCCAAGAUGCACAAUUCAGAGAUUUCGAAGCGACUAGGCGCUGAGUGGAAGCUGCUCACUGAGAUGGAAAAGCGGCCGUUCAUUGACGAGGCAAAGAGGUUGAGAGCACUACACAUGAAAGAACACCCCGACUACAAAUACCGACCAAGGCGGAAACCCAAGGCCUUGAUCAAGAAAGAACCAAAGUUCGGCUUCGGCAUCAGCGGCCUCAUGGCCCCCGUGCCCCGCUUAGUGACCCCCUCGGUGCCCCACCCAGUGCCCCCCUUGUCGAUGCCCCACCACUUGCUGCCGGACAAGCCUGAGCUGGGCCGAGCGCUGUUCCCGCCACUACCGUACCCGUUCUACCCAUUUGCGAAGAUACCAGCUGACGAUGGCAAGCUAGCGGCGGAGUUGGCGCAUUUACAGAUGUUCUCCUACCAGGCCCUGUACGGCGGCGCGCUCUACAGCAGCGCUCUCUACAACAGCGCCUUAUCGCCCUGCGGAUGUCCUCCCAGAAGGACACCGUCGCCUCCUCCCGCUGACGUCAAGCGACCCGUGGCCUACGUCCUCAUGAAGGACGAGGAACCACCCCAGCACGUCAUAUGAAGGCCGGUCGCCCUCCCAGCCAGGGUCUGGCCCGGGCAUUGGGAGAGGCCUUCCACUUCUGUGCAGGAACGAGAGACCAGCUCGCCUGAUAGCGUUUGAAGAGACUGUUGUGACUUUAGUUCAAGGAUUGUCAAUUGUUAUGGUGUGGACGUGGUUCAGUGUUGGCACAUUCGUUGAGUGACGCGAUGCAGUGUUUUAGAAAUGAUGAACUGGAAGAUGAUUUGGAGUUUGUAAAGCAAUUUACCCUAAUUCACGUUUAUGGAAAUAAAAUUAAUAGCAAUCACCUGGAUUUUAAACAAAUUCAAACAUGUUGAUAGUGAAAUGGUAUUUUAACCAAUACAAUUUUACUGAAAUAGUAAUUCAUGUACUGUACUCGUAUACUGGCACUAUGGUAAAAUUUAAAAAAAUUGAUGUGACAGGUCAAGAGAACAUGGUGUCCAUUUUUUCCCACAUUGUUCUCCUUCCUUUUACCACAUAAAAAAUACUUCUAAAAGUAUCAAUCAUUAAAACUCGGUAGGAACUUUUGAAAAUAGAGAAUAGAAAGAACUCUUGGGGUCAUUUCAGUUUCCAACCCACUAGUAAUUAUUGUAAUAAUGAAAUCCAUAAAAUCUUCGCUCCGGGUGAUUGCCUUCAACAGUAGAGUGCAAUAGAAAUCGACUAUUUUGUGCAAUGUACAGACGUAGAGACGUCUUUUGAAUAGAUAACAUAUCAUAGAGUUUAGUAGCACUAGGUUUAGCUAGGGAAUGAACGUCAAUUUUGUAAAAAAGACUUCUAGGUCGGUUUGUUUAUCACUACACCACAUAAAUGUAUUGAACAGUGACACAAAUAAUGGAUAUAUCUAUAUGUAAAACACGUUUUAUGUAGGGUGGCAUAUUAAUAAAAUGUUACAAAUAAAAUCAACCCGGGUGUGUAUUUUUUUUAUGCGACUAUUAGUCUAUUCAUUCAUUAUCUAGGAUCGGCAAAAUGAAACAAUGUGUUGCUCUUGUAAAGUAGUGAUAUUUUCAACAAUAUUCUAUCAUCUAUUCACACAGAAAUUGUUUACGAAUCACAAUAACAGAGAAACGACAUUUAAAGUUCAUCAAUCUUAAUUGAAACAAAUAUUUUUGAAAUCUUAUAAAAUUACGUUUGUAAUUUUCACCUUUCUAAAAAAAUAUCGCUACUAAAAGCCCACCCUAUAUUACAAUCUUAAUCUUAUGCACGCCAUACAGAUUAAACAUAUCGAUUAUUGUAAAUAUUACACUUAAGAUAUUUAGACAAAUAUUGCCUAAAAUUUUCAAAGAAUUAUGUGGUUAUUAUUACACUCUUUCACUGCAAGUUUUCUUUAUGAAGUUGCAAGUUGAAAUUUUUUGGGUGAUAUGAAUAAUAAUGUACUAAGUUAUUGUUGUUAUUAAUUGGAUUUAAGACUAAGUUUCAUAAUAUUGUUUUUUUUUACAGAGAGCAUAGUAAUGACGAAAAUUUACUGUUAUAUUAAGGUCUGUCUGCAAUUUAUUAAGCAAACCCAAGCAAAACUACGAUAAAUUUUAUUUUCUGCUGAUUUAUAAUCGAAUGAAGUUAUUAAUUUUAAAUCUAGUUUUUUUGUUUGUUGCUCUACAUACUUUUAAUUACAUUUAUUGUACUUUUUACCACCUUUACCAACCAAAAACA